UUGUUCUAGUUAAGGGGUGAAACAUAAAGAGGGCAUUAAAUUUUUGUAGACAGACAGUAUUAGUAUCCCCUACUAUAUUACUAUUGCUUUGCUUUUACAUUAUCUGUAUUACGAUUUGUGAAAUGCGUAUUGCAGUUUCGACUUAAAUUUUCGUCUUUUCGAGUGGUUUUCGAAUAUCGAUAGAAAUUAUGUCUCGACUUAGACUUCGUGCGAAAUGAGAAAUUAGUGAGAAUUAAUAAUUAUAGGCGUUAAGAAUUUUAAAAUUUGUAUUUUGUGGUCCCAUAACGCAAAUUAAUUGUCAUUGUUCGAAUCCAUAAGGUUUUUUGAUUUCUAGAAAAACAAAAAUGACGGAACGAGUCGUAGCGGGUCGGCCAAGCCUAGAACAAAUGGUGGCAAUUACAGAAUUCAUGGAGCAACACCCAGUAUUAGGACUUAGUCAGAUGAGGGGUAUGGAAGGACGAAAUGAAAGCAAAAAGCUGUGGUUAAAACUCACCAGUAUUGUUAAUAAUAUGAAAGGUCCCACACGGCCCAUGAAGUCAUGGGUGAAGUUCUGGGCAGAUAAAAAAUCUACUGUAAGAGCCAAAGUUGUAACAAGUGGUGGUGAUCCAAGUAUUCUGGGUUCUAGUAUUGAAAGAAGGAUAUGGGACAAAUUCCUACAAAAUGAUUCUGGCUAUAAACCCCGAAGUUCAGUCAAAGUAGAAUCUCAUUAUAUACCAGAGAACAACUAUUUAAAUGAAGAGACUACUGAAGAAAAUCAUGAAAUGGAUGAUGAAGAAUUUAAUUUUGAUGAACCACCAAGAGAACCUGCGGCAGAACCUAUUUCAUUAGAGGAACGGAAUAUGAUGCUUAUGGAAAAACUGGUUAAAGUGAUGAGUGAACAAGCCACAGCGAUGUCUCAGUUAGCACAUGCUUCUCAGGUCAGCUCUCAAGCAAUGGAGAGGUUAGCUGAAGCUUCUCAAAUACAGUCGCGAGCAAUCGAACGGCUCGCAAACACAUUCGAAGCGAUCGGUUCUACGGCGCAUCAUAUCGGAACUACCAUUGUCGACAUUGACACGACCAUGAAAAAAAUGUAUUGUACAACGCCCACAUAGCAUUACACUUAGAUAAAGUAAUUACUUUAUCUAAAACCUAUACUGCACUGACUAAAGUGCGUCAUACUAAAAUUUGUUAGCAUUUUAAGUUACAAUUUAGUACAAAUAAUUUUAUAAAAUUUCAAAAAACCUAAAAUAAUACACAACAGGGAAAAUGCCCAGAUGUGUUGCCAAUAGAAAUAAGCGUUGAAUACAUAUAUGGUUUUUCUAGAAAUAAAAUAGUUAUUUAAUAUAAAAAAAUGGGUAAAUUAACAUAAAAAUUAAACAAUUUUUUUAAAUCAAUCAUUUAUUAUCUCUUAAUAUGACACGAUGUGUAAUUAUAAAGUAACAUAUAAAAUAUCCAUUUAACUUAUAAUUGGAUUUUAAUUAAAUGAGGCUCCUAGUUUAACUGUGAGCCUUUCUUUUGUCUUUAUCUGUAAUUAAUGUAUAAAUAACAAUAUUAACUUAAUCAAUAAUAUUGCACUUAAAUACUCUGAAGAAGAGAUAGACGAGUUAUUUUAAAACGGUGCAAUUAGACUGACUCUUAUGAAUAAGGGGCGUAUUAAUAUAUGUAACAUAAAUUCUUCGCCCAAUAAAUAAGUUACAGGUUUUCUUAAAUAUAUAAUACACAAUUUAAUGGCACAAAUACUGGAAAGACAAAAAUAUUCCUUUGGUAAUGACAGUAAAAAAGAUAAGUUUCUAUUUAAAAUCUAAAUCACCACAAUACACAUUAUCUGAUUAAAAUCGAAAACCAGUGGCAGUGUUCUACAUUGGGGCAAAUUGCUUAUCAAAAGCCAAUCAAUGCGUCCAGAACUCUGAAAUCGAGAAAUAUCGUAUUAGUAGUAUUUCUACGUUCUUUUUCACAGCUAUUUGUUUGUAAAUAUUAAACUUACAACUAAAAUUAGUUUAGUAAUUGGAUGUUAAUUAAGCGAUAAAAAACUUUCGAAUGCUCAGAAUUUAAUAUGCCCACGUGGGUAACGCUGAAAACGUUUAGUACUGGCCAGCUUGCCAAUGAAAACUUUUUGAAUUUCAAUUUUGGAACUUCUUGGUAACCUAUAAGAAGAAGUAUGAUAAUAAAGAAGUCAAGAAUAAAAGAUGAUUGCCUCAGUCUUUGGUCAGUUGUGCUAGAAGAUGGAAGGACAGUUACUGCAGACUGGUAUGUUAAUCGCUGUUUGCCUGUUGUCUUGGAAAAAAAUUGGACAGCAGCGCCCUCGAAGCAGGAUCCGUCUUCACCACCACACUGCUUCAGCGUAUUCCGCAAAACGGACUGUUUAACUGAAUAUUUGACUAUAACUGGUGUCGAGAUCCAAGUCAUCCGCCAUACAGUCCUGAACUUGCCCCCUGCGACAUUCAUUUAUUUCCAAGAACUAAAAAAACAAUUCGAGGUUCCGCUGCUUUUAUCAGUGGUCCAUUGAAUGCAACGAGAGGAACGGAGAUUACUUCGAAAAACAAUAAAAGUAUUGGCAUCUUUCUCCCGGUAGCCGUUUUUCAUUCUCUAAACAUUUUCAGUGUUACCUACGUAUUAUAUGACUCGGAAAUUCAGUAUUUGUAUACCAAUCAGUAUGUAAUGCUCAAGUUAUGAGGUUUUUUAGUGUAUAAUUGUAU